AUGAGUAGCCAUAAGGAGAAGGGCAAUCAGUUAUUUAAAGAUAAGGAUUUUGUGAAGGCGAUAGAGGAAUGGUUGUUGGUAGAACCGCCAACCGAGCAGGUCUACAACAACAUCGCUACAGCCAAGUUUAAGCUCGAGGAAUUUGGGCUUGCCGAAGAAUUCAGCACAAAGGCUUUAUCGCUCAACAGCAAGUUCGUCAAGGCUCUUUAUCGCAGAGCUAUGGCACACGUAGCCGUAUUACACUUCAAGCCUGCUAUUGCUGAUCUCAAGGCUGUAAUCGCCAUUGAGCCUUCAAACAAGGUCGCCAGCCAUCACCUAGCUGAGAUUUCCAAGAUCCAUCGCAAAAUACAAUUCGAACAGGCCAUCGCUACUGAAGACGAGAAGAAAGCCUCAGAUACAAUUAGAGAGAUGAUUGACAACGGCGGCUUGGAGAUUCCUUCAGAUUACGAUGGCCCUACCCUCGACUCCUCCAAUCUCAUCGAUUCACUCAUUGAGCACUUCAAGAGUGGUAAAACGUUGCACAAGCGUGUUCUUUUUGAGUUGGUGCUCAAGACAAUGGAUAUAUUCAGCCAAGAGGAGUCUCUGGUAGAUGUCUCCAUCCCAGAAGGCGUCAACAUGAACGUUAUCGGUGACACACACGGCCAGUUCUUCGAUUUGAUUCAUCUCCUCGGAUUGACGGGCAAGCCAUCUGAAACAAAUUACUUGCUUUUCAACGGAGACUUUGUUGACAGGGGCAGCUGGUCUACAGAAGUCAUCAUUCUGCUCCUUGCGAUGAAAUACCUGAAUCCAAAGUCCGUUUACUUGAACCGUGGAAACCAUGAGACACGUCAAAUGACACAGGUGUACGGAUUUGAAGGAGAAUGCAAACACAAGUACCCUACUGACCUCACUUACAAAUCUUUUGCUCAACUCUUCACAUAUCUGCCGAUUGCCCAUCUUAUCUCAUCAACCAAGAAACCAGAGACAACGUUAAGUAAAUCUGACAUACUCACGAAGGAUGGUUUCAAGAGAUUCUUUGUCGUUCAUGGUGGUUUAUUUUCCAAGGACGAUGUGACGCUUGAAGAUAUCCGCAAAAUCAAACGCAAUAGAGAACCAGGCCAGGAAGGUUUAAUGUGCGAAGCGCUGUGGACAGACCCACAAGAGGCCGACGGACGGGGGCCAUCUAAGCGAGGAGUGGGCGUAGGAUUUGGUGGUGAUGUAACAAAGCGUUGGUGUGAGUUGAACGAGGUUUGUGCUGUCAUUCGCUCCCACGAGGUUAGACAAGAUGGAUACUCAUGUGAGCAUGACGGCAGACUAGCGACAGUGUUCAGUGCACCAAACUACUGCGAUACAAGUGGGAACAAGGGAGCGUGGAUGAAAAUCGACGCAUCUGGAGAUAUCAAGACUACACAAUUUGCUGCAGUUGAGCAUCCACCUAUCAAGCCAAUGGCUUACUCGAGCGGGAUGGCCAGUAUGAUGGGAUGA